AUGCUGGAGACGCUGCGGGAGCGGCUGCUGAGCGUGCAGCAGGACCUCACCUCGGGUGCAGGGUUAAAGACUUUGGGUGACAAAUCAAGAGACGCGAAAAAAAGCAGAAAAAGAACUGGUCAUUACUUGCCAGAGUUUUCUGCUGGACUAGAAUUACUGAGCAGAUAUGAAGAUGCUUGGGCUUCCCUUCACAGAGGAGCUAAAGAUUGUGCAAAAGCUGGAGAGCUGGUGGAUAGUGAAGUUGUGAUGCUUUCUGCACACUGGGAGAAGAAAAGGAGUAGUCUGGUGGAACUACAGGAUCAGCUCCAACAAAUACCUGAGUUCCUAGCAGAUCUGGAAUGCCUCACAGCGAGUCUAGCCCAGCUAGAGGCCAGCUUUGAGGAAAUGGAGAAGCAUCUGUUGUGUCUUGAGGACCUAUGUGAACAGUGUGAGUUUGAAAGAUACAAGUGUAUGCAGACAUUACAACUGGAAAACUACAAGAAAACAAAAAGGAAGGAACUUGAGACCUUCAAAGCUGAGCUAGAUGCUGAACAUGCCCAGAAGGUUUUGGAGAUGGAGCACACGCAGCAGAUGAAGCUGAAGGAGCGUCAGAAGUUUUUCGAAGAAGCCUUUCAGCAGGACAUGGAGCAGUACCUUUCUACAGGCUACUUGCAGAUAGCAGAGAGACGAGAACCCAUUGGGAGUAUGUCUUCCAUGGAAGUGAACGUGGACAUGCUGGAGCAGAUGGACCUAAUGGACAUGUCUGACCAGGAAGCACUUGACGUCUUCUUAAACUCGGGAGGCGAGGACAACACCAUGCUCUCUCCCAUGCUGGGGCCAGACUCCAACAGCUACGUGAGCGAGAUAAGUCUGCAGGUUCCAAGCCAGUCGGAACUGCGCCAGAAACUCUCUUCCCUGUCCUCCACCUGCACUGAUUCUGCCAGCCAGGACGCCAGCGAAGGGGAGUCCCCGGUCGUUCAGUCUGAUGAAGAGGAGGUUCAAGUGGACACUGCUCUCGCCGCCGUAGCGACCGAGGGAAAGGGCGCUUCGGACGGCAGCGAUGAAAGUGACUCUCAGGCUCUCUGAGUCUGGCCACCAUAUCCUUUCAGAAUGACUUUGGAAUGAGUGCACAAUGAAUGAAGAGCUUGCCUGUGUAAGAGUUUGCUAAUCAAGCGAGACAGCCACAUCUUUUUACUAGUAAUACAAGAUUUUUACCAGAUUGCCAGUCGUGCAGAGGUUGGCUUUUAAAAAAAAAUUGCCUAAAGCACACACACUUUAACAGUAGUCUCGGGGCUCAGGGGAGUAGUACAACUUUUGUAUAUACUAUGUAUAAAAGAACUAAAGGGGGAAGAUAAGUCUCUUUGACCACUAAUGUUUAAACAAUCGAUUGGAAAUACUUAGCGUUGAUGUGUAGUACUGAACCCAAAUUGUUCCUUGCAUGUUUUCAACAGCUGCAAUUGAAGAUUUAGGCUCCAACCAAAGUGAAAAGUUCUUUUCUACUCUUGACUGUCUGCCUCCUACCUUUGUCUCUAAAUGCAGCAGUGGCCACUCUCUUGCACUUCUCAUUCAGGACCAACUUAGUUAUUGUAGGUGUUAAGGAAAAAUCUUAAAAAAAAAAAAAAAAA